AUGGGCCUAGUUUUCCGAAAAGCAGGACACCGAUCUUGUGAGGCCUUUAAGCCUGCUGAUUGCAAUUCCAACACAGACGGGUUUGUGUGUUUGCUCCUUCAGCUCUACGUGGCCACGGAGGCCAUCCUCAUCGCCCUGGUGGGGGCCACGCCCGCGUACCGCUGGGACCUGGCGGGGCUCCUGCCCAAUCAGAGCCUCGGCAACCGGUCAGCAGGUGACGAUCACGCGCUCGGGGACUGGCUGCGGACCGCCAACGGCAGCGAGGUCCGCAAGCACGUGCACUUCAGCGGCAGCUUCACCUCCAUCCAUGUGCUUCGUACCGGAAGUUUCUCGGUUGCUCCUCCAAAUCUACAAAGUGGUGGCAUUGAAACUGGUCCCGGAACUUGUCAGUGGUUUUUAAUUGCCAACAGAUCUUACAAAGUCAGUGCAGCAAGCUCUUUCUUCUUCAGUGGUGUGUUUGUGGGAGUUAUUUCCUUUGGUCAGCUUUCAGAUCGCUUCGGAAGGAAAAAAGUCUAUCUCACAGGUUUUGCUCUUGACAUCUUAUUUGCUAUUGCAAAUGGGUUUUCCCCCUCCUAUGAGUUCUUCGCAGUAACUCGCUUCCUGGUGGGCGUGAUGAACGGAGGAAUGUCGCUGGUGGCCUUCGUCCUGCUGAACGAAUGUGUGGGCACCGCCUACUGGGCACUCGCAGGAUCGAUCGGUGGCCUCUUCUUCGCGGUUGGCAUUGCCCAGUAUGCCCUGUUGGGAUACUUCAUCCGCUCCUGGAGGACCCUCGCCGUUCUGGUUAACCUACAGGGAACGGUGGUCUUUCUUCUGUCAUUAUUCAUUCCUGAAUCACCUCGUUGGUUAUACUCCCAGGGUCGACUGAGUGAGGCUGAAGCGGCUCUGUACCUCAUUGCCAAGAGGAACCGCAAGCUCAAGUGUACGUUCUCCCUAACAUAUCCGGCCAGCAGGAGCCACAGGGAGACGGGAAGUUUCCUGGAUCUAUUCCGUUACCGGAUCCUCUUGGGGAACACGCUGACCCUGAUGUUCAUCUGGUUUGUGUGCAGCUUCGUGUACUAUGGCCUCACUCUGAGCACAGGGGAUCUAGGCGGAAAUAUUUAUGCCAACCUGGCCCUGUCCGGCCUCAUAGAGAUUCCAUCUUACCCUAUCUGCAUCUACUUGAUUAACCAAAAAUGGUUUGGUCAGAAGCGGACCUUAGCGGCGUUUCUGUGCCUAGGAGGACUGGCUUGUCUUAUUAUAAUGUUUCUUCCAGAGAAGAAAGACACAGGUGUGUUUGCCGUGGUGAACAGCCAUUCCUUGUCUCUGCUCGGGAAGCUGACGAUCAGCGCGGCCUUUAACGUGGUGUACAUCUACACCUCUGAGCUGUACCCCACAGUCAUCAGGAACGUUGGGCUUGGAACUUGUUCUAUGUUCUCCCGAGUUGGUGGGAUUAUUGCCCCCUUCAUUCCCUCACUGAGAUACGUGCAGUGGUCUUUACCCUUCAUUGUCUUUGGAGCCACCGGCCUGACUUCGGGCCUCCUGAGUUUAUUAUUGCCGGAAACCCUUAACAGCCCAUUGCUAGAGACAUUUUCCGACCUUCAGGUGUAUUCAUAUCGGAGGCUGGGGGAGGAAGCAUUAUCUUUACAGACCUUGGAUCCGCCACAGUCUGCAGACAAGGACAACACUUUAGGCAGUGAGAGUGAGGAAGAGGAGUUUUUCGAUGCAGAUGAAGAAACCCAGAUGAUUAAGUGAAGAGCCGCGGCUCCCCCCUCACAAGCAGAUGAUCUCCUUGCCUCUGGCAAAGGCAGGCUUUUCCAGGAAACAUAAGAGUUGUAGAAGCACAGGCUUGAACAUGCAUGGAAGGUCCUCAGCAUGGGCUCAUUUUUUUCAGGCACAAAGGACGGUGGAGAAGAGAUUUCAUGAGUGAGGACAUCACGGUACCAAGGGAACAGUCGUUCCUUAGUCCACAAUUCAGGUUUAUUUCCGAACCAUGGCUUCUGGCCAGAUAGCUCAAAUCUGCACGCCAGAGUGGAAAGCUAAUUUGUUUCUGGAAGUCUGACUGUGUUGCUUAUCCUUGAUCAUGACCUAAAGGCAGACAUGUAAAAUUCCUUCUCACCUCGUUAGUGGGAUGAGAUAACCCAUCCUUAAGAUUUCAUUCUAAUACCAUAUUUGACGUCUACCGCCAUCAUCUGUGCCUCACCAGGAAUCUCUUGAGGCCGGCUGUUGUUCGCAUUCCAGUUUUUUGCCAGAGGAAAAGCGCUGAGAGGUGAUUGUAUGUGGCCCAAGGCCUCCAGCUUUACCCUAACUGUCCACCCCUUGCUUCCCAAGCUCAGGGUUGACUUGAGCUCCUCGUGCCUUGAGUCCCACAGACGAUCGCCUAGGAAAAGCCAACUGUACUGAAGCGAUUUUCUGAGAGCCCGAGGUGUGGCUGCAGUUCCCUGUCCACUCCCUUUGACAGUUCAGACCUGUGUGCGUCUCCAGAAACUGGUCCAUCUCAGAUUCCAGUACCAGCACUCACUUCAGAACCGUGCUCGGUAAGGGAUGAAGCUUUGUGAAGGCGGAGGGCAGUUGCAGAGUGACAGUCAUGUUGGCACUUGAAAGGGGGCAGCUUUUAUAAGGAAGAAAAGAAAAUGAUCUGUCACGGGUUUUUGUUUGUUCUGUUUUUGGCGUUGUGCAACGAGGCACUUGGGCAACCAUUAACUUGAACACUUCUGAUCCCAGAUCAGUCCCUGCCUCUGUAGUCAGAGUGAAAAGCAAGUAAUUUCAUAGGAAAUGUGGCUUUUUUCAUGAAGUACUGCCAACUUUCAAAUAAGUCUGUCACACUUAAGUUUUCUAAAAUCAUAUGCUGGAAAUACCUGUUUCCCUUGAAACUUGAAUGCUAUCUCAAGUAGGAGUAUUACCCUGGAAUCAACAAGUUUGUGCAAUAUGGCCUAAGGCUGCUUUCCCAACAAGGAACAUUUCUGUGUCUUCAGAAUUUCCGUUUUACUAACUCUGGGAGAAAGAGAAGUUGCAUUGGAGGUAAAGAGAAGACGUCAUGGGGCCUGCUUCUGGAAAUCUUGGAGGCAUCACCCCCAGUUGGCUCUGACACUUUCCCGUCCUCUUCCAUGCUAACCUCUUGGUUUGCACUCUUAUCAGUCUGUACCUUUGUAUUUGUUAAAGUAUUUUUAUGUCUUUUAUGCCCUUGAUGAUAUUUUGAGCUCUUCAUAAAUAAGGGCCAUCUCUCCUGCUGUUUGUUUCUCCCUGCUAUGCCCAGAAGAAUAUGGGCCUAGACACAAUAAGGAUUUAAUAAAUAUUACUGUUUCUAACCAUCAAGAAAACUGUGGAA